ACCAAACGUACUUUUUACUAUUGAUGUAUAAAUUCUUGACUUGCUUGAAAGUGGAACUCAACAUCACACCAAAUGUCAACAACAAAACAGUCGCUUGCAUCUCACUUUUGAAUUUGAGCUAGAAACUUCCGCUUAUCCAUCAAUAUAUCAAUAUACCAAUUUUUUGGAUGUUCUGAACCCAGUCACCUUAACUCUAUUCAAUAUUGCUAACGUUCGAAGUUCGAAUUUUUUUCGAAUGACAGUUGUAAUUCGAACUGAGCGCUGUUGACGGUUCUGUCAACUGAUUAAUUUCACAAUAAGACGCAAAACACAGAUAAACCGGUGCUUGUGUUUUUGGCGCGUGUAUUCACAGUGAUUGUCAUAAAGAGAAUUGGUUUUUAGAUUGAAUCAAAGUGUCCGAAAAUUGAUCGGAAAUAUGGCUGCUACAAAGGAUGCUACAAUCAUCAUUUUGGAUGUCGGCGCAAAUACAAAUCAAUUGGACAAAUUGAAAUCGAAAACGUUCUUCGAAGAGGCGAAGAGUUGCAUCGAAUUCGCCAUCACACGUAAGAUUUUCACCCGACCAAAAGAUGAGGUGUCGCUUUUCUUGUUCGGAACCAAAACGACCGACAACGAAUUGAACAAGCGAUAUGGAAGUGGCUACGAAAACAUCAACCACGCAAUUCCAUUGAGCCCGAUGAGCUGGGAUAUUUUGAAGUACGUUCAAAAGAGCAUCGAUCCGCCGAUGGACGAGGGAAUCACAGGCGAUUGGUUGGAUGCCGUUGUGGUUGCCAUGGACUAUUUCAACGAUUUGGAUCUCAAAAAGACCACAAAGAAAAUUCUGCUCUUCACAACAUUCACCACGGAUGUGAAUGAUGCCGAAAACAUUGACAAAGUGAUUGGUGGCUUGAAGCAUCUCGAAAUCGAGCUCAUUGUUGUCACAAAAAAUGUGAUAUACGAAAUGGAUCAAGACAGUGAAGAUCAAUACGCCAACUUCAGUCAAGCCAUGGGCAAGGAUAAGGUACAAGAACAUAGCGAACGAUUGAUCAAGCAGAUUGUGAUGCAAAGCGAUGGUGUGCUGUGCAGUAUUGAUGAAGCGGCUGCAAAAUUGAUUUACGUGGACAAGAAGCAACGCAGACGUGUUCCAUGGAAGGUCGAUCUCACCAUUGGCAGCAAUCUGGCUAUCAAAGUUUCGGCAUUUAUUUAUGUUCGUAACGACAAAGAACUGGGUGAUUGGAAGACACGUUUCGUGAACAAAGUUCCGUCGACCAACGAAGGUCCAAGUGAUGGCGACCCAUCUGGUUCAUCUUCCAACGUUGAAAUCUCGAACGUGACCAUGAAAACUGAGCACUAUCUCAACGAUGAAGUCCUCGAUCUCGAAACUGUUGCCGAAAACUUGAUAAAAGGGUACAUGUAUGGCGGAGAGCCAAUUCCAUUCGAAGAUGAUAAGUACGACAACGGUGGAAAAGGCUUGAAGGUCAUUGGAUUCACCGAUAUAGACACAGUUCAUGACAGUCAUUUGGUGGGCGAUUCGAUCUGGGCGGUUGUACCACAAGACGGAAUGACUACUUCGGCGAAACGUUUUGCUGCCAUGCUGCAAGCAAUGCACAAUAAGCAAUUGGCCAUCAUUGCUCGAUACACGUAUCGUGAGGGCACCGCACCAAAAAUGAUGGCAUUGUUUCCAAGCGAAAAUUGUUUGCUGAUGUACGAAUUGUUCUUCAAAGACAAUUACGUUGACAUGCGAUUCCCGAAGCUGAACGCAAAGAAAACCACACCGAGUUCCGAGCAGCUCGAAGCCAUGGGUCGAUUCGUUGAUGCAAUGGAUUUGACAAAAGACAACGCAAAAGUGAAUGAUGGUCAACCGGAGCCGUUCAAGAAACUGUUGGACCCAGGAUUGCAGCAUAUGUACCGUUGCAUCGCCAAUCGAGCAAUCAACCCAAGCGAACCCGUUCUCAAAGUGGACGAUGAAAUAUUGUCGUUGGUUCGACCACCAAAGCGCGACACCAAUGUCGAUGAACUAAAGGCACUGUUCCCACUGGAGGCGGCCAAGUUGACGGGCAAAGAAGCAUUCCUGCAAAACAUGCUCAAAGUCGAAAAACAAGAAGCCGACUCAGCCGAUCAGCUGGAAAAACCAAAGUACUACGACGUGCACGAGAUCGGAACUGUCAAGCCGGCCGACGACUUUAUCAAACUGCUCGAGCUGGGUGAAGCGUUCAAUCUGCUCGCGGAACAAAUCCAAACCGUCAUCAACAAUUUGGUGGUAAAAUCAAUUGUUGCGAUGGACGAGAAGGUUCUGAAAGCAUUGUCAGCCUAUCGUGAAACGGCCAAGCAAAAGGCACCAUUCGGAUACAACGAAUGGAUCGUACAGUUCAAGGAGGUGUUGAAGGAACGCGAAAAGGUCCAACUGUGGCAAUCGCUCAUCAACGAAAACCUGGGUUUGAUCACCGCCAACGAAAGCGAAAUGAGCACCAUUUCCGAAGAAGAGGCACAGAGCUUCUUCAAAUUUGAUGACUUCAACACCCAACACGUCCAGUCAAACAACAACGACAUUGAAGACUCAAACAUGGACAUGUUUGAUGAAAUGUAAUCAUGUCGACGCGAUUCCUUAGCCAGAGAAAAACAAACACAUUCAGACGUUAAUAUGUUACAACAAUGUCAUUCCGAUGAAGUCUGAGCUACAACACGGGUCAUCCACUUUUUUCGCCCAUUUUUGUUUAAUCGAAUGUCGAUUUUCACAUGUUUUUUCCACACAUUUGUUUCAAGAAGUUCUUCGUAGGCUUAAAUAUAUAGAAAUUAGUAUCGAGUACUCUAAAAUAAUAUAAGAAGAUAAGGCAAAAAUGUUUGGAAAAGCAAACGACAAAUAUUUUUGAUCGAAUUUAUUCACUGUGAGAAUCCUAUUAUAUAUUUUGUUAAUAACAGAAAAAAACGCUUUAAUAUGAAUAAAUAAUCAAAAAUAAACGUUGAUCGAAACAAA